GGCAGCAACAACACGCCCAUGAUCGAACGGUGACCCGUAGACAUCCUUAAUACCAUGGCCGCACCUAUGGCACCUUCGAUGGUGCCCAAAGAGGAGGAGCCUCCAGUCAUCGACGUCGCGAACAACGAAGCAGCGUCCCCCGCGGAUGCGCUAUACGACAAAUGCGCCCUAAGAUCCCAAGGCACCGUCUUUUUCCAGCGCGAUCUGUCCAAUAUGCAGGUAGCGGAGACUAUGGCCGAGCUCACCAUGCUGUUGCAGGAGCUCUGCGAUCGACAUCUCAUGAAGCUUAUGACGUUCGAGGGAGAGCCGUGCUGGAAACUGCGAUCGCGCGCGGAGGCUGACAAACUGCGACGACUAACGCCUGACGAACGCCUUCUGUACCACCACAUCGACCAAGUCCAAGCUGAGGGCAUUUGGUCCAAGGCACUGCGCGCACGAACGAACGUGACACAACAAGUCCUCACAAAAUGCCUCAAGAGCUUGGAGUCGAAGGAUCUGGUGCAGUCGGUCAUGAGCGUCAAGUUUCCCAACCGUAAGAUGUACCUGUUGAAGCACCUGAGGCCUUCAGAAGACAUUGCCGGAGGUCCAUGGCAGUCGGAGGGCGACUUCGACACCGCGCUGAUUGAAACAAUCUCGCAGAUUGUGGCGCAACACAUCGAAAACGAGACCUGCAUUAAGGUCCCAGGCAACUGGAACGACUACGAGGGGCCUGACAGGAUAGCUGAAAUCGCACAGAAAAAGGCGCAAGUGCAGGGGGUACGCGACAUCGAGGACGCGCCGGCAGUGAAGCCAUACCACGCACCUAGAGAUCCGAAUGCGACAAAGAUCGUGCACAGGACAAGUCCGCAAUACCCGACAUCGGCUUCGGUAGCUGAGUGGCUGAACUCCAAAGAGGUUUUGAGAGGCAAGACAGUGAGAGAAGACGACAUGGAGCAGCUACUAGAGAUGAUGGUGCUUGAUGGCAGGCUGGAGAAAAUUUCAGGAACGAACUACCGCACCGUCUUGACUGUAGUCGAUACCAAGGUCUACAAUGGUUUCGUCGAUGCGCCGUGCGGCAACUGCCCCGUAUUCGACCUUUGCGGCGACGAAGGCGAGAUCUCAGCCAGGACCUGCGUGUACUUUGGGCAAUGGCUCGAGACAACAUCAGAAGAGGUGUAAAAGUCCAUUUCAAAAGGCAUAGCGAUGGCGUUUAGGACAAUCAUGUAUGUACGGCUACUAUUGAGAAAAUACCCAAUCAUACCUUCUACCUGCAACUCUGUAGUAAAUCAGAUAUGCUCUGCAGAGCUGC